AUGGGGCACCAAGACGAAGAUUUCCAACUGUUUGACCAAUGCAAGGUCUGCAUAGUAUCCUCCAAAGACCUUAGUCCGGAUACUGCGCAACAGCUCGCGUCUACGCUCGAGGAGAAUGGCGGGGAACCGGUCGUAUAUGAGCCACCAGCUGAAUUUCCAGAUCUUUCUGAAUUUAGCCACAUCAUGUCCACCACCAUCGACUUUCCCGAAUUCGAUGCCGCCAACGAUGCAUUGAUCCCCGUUGUCAAACCUCAGUGGAUGCAAGCAUCGCUGUCAAAGAGAAAGCUUGCCAACCCACGGCAAUAUAACCCUGAUCCUCGGCUCUUCUUAAAUGAUGUCGUGGUUACGUGCGGUGAUAUCCCAGAGGGUGAUAAGGACGCAAUCAUCGGCGGAGUUUUGGCGAAAGGAGGUCUCUAUAACCCCAAGGUCACUCAAAUGUGUACUCACUUAGUUGAUUUGACUAUCGACUCCGACAAGGCCCAGCUAGUCAAAAACCGAAACCUUGACGUUAAAGUCGUUCUUCCUCAUUGGUUUGAUGACUGCUUGAAACUUGGACGUCGCAUCGAUGAACGCCCUUAUACGCUUCCAAACCCUGAAAUCCUUCGCUCGGCGCCAGACGCUCCAAUUCGAUCCACUGAGAACCGCGACAUCAUCGGGGCCUCUACCACAGAGCCAGCCACAUUACCAACUCCUAUCACAUCCCCUGUCAAACCCAAGCUUAACGUCUUUAAUGGGAAGGUCGUUAUGCUCUCCUCGGACCUGGGGAUUGGAUCACACCUCCAAAAGACUAUUUCAACACUCGUUAAAGAUGGCUGUGGCGAGAUGACUUCCGAAGUCUCAAAGGCAACCACUUUAAUUUGCCGCUAUAGAGAAGGAUUCGCCUACCGCGUAGCGUCAAGAUUGAACAAGGACGUAGGGAAUUUAUCCUGGCUUUACCAUCUGAUGACAUACGACACUUGGACGUCGCCUUAUCGACGCCUACUGCAUUAUCCCGUACCACGCACUCCCAUUCCAGGAUUCGAAGGGUUCAAAAUCAGCUUGUCUAACUACAUUGGGGAAGCGCGAUCCUAUCUAGAGAAUCUAAUUUCGGCCACAGGUGCAGAGUGCACUAAGACCCUGAGACAGGAAAAUACACAUCUAGUGACUGCACACGACAAUAGUGAGAAGUGUAAUGCAGCCAGAGAAUGGGGGUUGCACGUUGUUAACCAUCUCUGGCUGGAGGAAUGCUAUGCGAAGUGGAGACUGCUGCCCGUCUCUGACCCUCGAUAUACCCACUUCCCCCGGCGAACGAACCUGGGCGAAGUCGUGGGCCAGACUCGGUUAGACAGGUCUUGUCUCGAGAGUAUGUUUUUCGCAGAAGAAACAGUCUCGGCACCUACUGGUCCUAGGAAAGCAAUGCAGAACAGAGAUCAGAACACUGCAGCUAUGAGGACUUCGGAUGUUGAAGAGAAUAUGGUUUCUGAUACAACAAAUGCCACCCCUAGGAUUGGCAAGUCGAGGAAGGUUACGGACAGCAAGAAUCUACAGACACCUGCCCGCUCUCGCCUCGCGUCUGAUGGCAAGGAAAAUGAUACACCGUCCUCUACAAGCAGUCGCAAAUCGAAGGAUGCAGCAACUGCUAAACUGCAUGACAUCGCACCCGACAUUGCUCUGUACGAGAAGGAAAAGAAGCGCGUCGGUGGUGUGAUUUACGGUGGUCGACGGAAAACAGACGAAGAUCGAGUGGCCCUGAACAAUAACAAGAAACGAUCGUCAAUGGAGGCCCAAUCUGAGAGUGACGAAGAGGAUGUCACGGAAGCUAAGCGGCAGAAGAAAUCGAAACCCCCUAUCGCAAUGCAUCUUCUCAUAACGGGUUACCAAAAGUGGGUUGGGAAUAUGAAGAAAGAAGACGCCGAUAAGCGCCAACUUCGGGAGCUCGGUAUCAUGGUCGUCCAAGAUGCGCGCAAAUGCUCCCAUCUCGCUGCGCCGUCUGUUUUACGAACCCCCAAAUUCGUUAACGCCCUUGCUUAUGGCCCGGUGAUUGUCCAAAUUGAUUUCAUUACACAAUGUCUGAAGAAGAAUGAGCUUCUAGACACAGACGACUUUCUUCUCAACGACAAGGAAGCUGAGAAGCGCUUUGGGUUUUCAUUGGAACAGUCUAAGGACAAUGCGAAAACGAACAAGAACAAGCUUCUCCGAGGGUAUCACAUAUACUGCGUUGAAACUAUCCGGGGAGGUUUCGAUGCUUUCAAGUCGAUCGUCGAUGCCAACGGGGGAGAUUGCAACCUUUUCCGAGGCCGUGUUUCAUACCAAGCGCCCCGUGAGGAGAGUGAUGAUGAAAGCGACGAUGAGCACCAAUCAAGCCGAAAGGAAAUUUAUCUUCUCAGUAGUGUAGCUGCCGAACACCAAAAGCUGUGGCCACGAUUCAGGCAGCUGGUUCAGAAUAUGGGCAAAACCCCGCGGAUUGUCCGGGUUGAUUGGCUUCUAGACAUGGCCAUGUCACAGGAGCGGCGGGCUGCUGGAGAGUAUGAACUCAAUGAAGAAAUGGUGGAGCAAACUGAAGAGUAA